GUGAAACCCAGUAGGAGCCGUGUAGAGAGAGAGAGAGAAUGGAGAAAAGGAAGGAGAAGCGAAUUAGGUCAGAUGAUUCGAGUUCUGUAGGAAGAGGAAGAAGACGCAGAGGAAGAAAAUCUGUCGGUGGAGAUAAUUCGAAGCGUUCUACGGAAAAAGACAUCUCUACUAAGCCGGACAAGGAUGUGUCUGAUGGAACAAGAAAGUAUGCUGGUUUGACUUGUCAUCAGUGCAAGAACUUUACGGAUAAGGCUGAACUUGUCUUCUGUUCAAAAUGCAUCAAGAAACGUUAUUGCUAUGACUGCAUCAAGAGAUGGUAUCCAGAGAGAACGCCUGAGGAAGUUAGAGCUGCCUGUCCUUUCUGUUUGGGGAAUUGCAAUUGCAAAGCUUGUUUGCGUGAACCUUUGCUUGUCAAGAAACAAAGUGAAAAAGAGGAGAGUGUCAAGCUCAAGCAGUUGCAGUACCUAUUAGUUAAAGUCCUUCCGGUUCUUAGGGAUAUCUUUGCACAGCAGAAACGUGAACUUGAGUUUGAAACAUCAGUUGUUAGAGGAGUUCCUGUGACAGAAUCUGACAUUACUAGGUGCGAAGUUGGCAACAAUGAACGCAUACUUUGUGAUCUCUGCCGCACUUUCAUCACCAAUUUUCACAGAAGCUGCCAGGACCCAGAUUGUUCAUGCCAUAUAUGUCUUUCUUGCUGCAACGAACUAAGAGAGGCCUUCCAAGUUCCAGCCAGUGAUGGGAAGAAAUAUGCAGUCGGGGCAGGAAAUGAAUGCAGAACCCAAACACGUCAAGGAAAAUUUGAUUGGAAGCUUAACUCUGACGGUACCAUUCCAUGCCCUCCAAAAGAGCUUGGCGGCUGCGGUACUUCAACACUGGAGUUGAGUCGUUUGUGCGAAUGUGGCGAGGUUGAAAAGCUGAUAACAAAUGCAGAGGAAGUUACUCUGCAGUUUAAGCCAAAAGAUGUGGAUAUUGCUCAUGAUUGUUCCUCAUGUAAUAUCAGUUUUGAUUCCACUACGAGGGAGGUGGCAUAUAGGAAGAAUGGUCAUGAUAACUUCUUGUACUCCCCAAAUGCUGUUGAUCUCUCUGACGACGAUAUAGCUCAUUUUCAGUCGCAUUGGAUGAGAGCAGAGCCUGUUAUAGUCAGAAAUGUUCUCGAGAAGACAUCUGGACUAAGUUGGGAACCAAUGGUUAUGUGGAGGGCUUGUAGGGAAAUGGAUCCAAAGGUUAAACGCAAAGGAGAGGCAAGAAGCGUGAGAGCUGUGGAUUGCUUGGACUUGUGUGAGAUUGAAAUAAACCUUCAUCAGUUUUUUGAUGGCUACUUAAAAGGCCGUGUGCGUAAUAAUGGUUGGCCCGAAAUGUUGCAAUUGAAGGAUUGGCCUCCAUCAUCUUCAUUUGAAGAGCGCCUUCCAAGGCAUAAUGGCGAGUUCAUUUCUGCGUUGCCUUUCUUUGAUUAUACUGAUCCAAACUCUGGUAUCUUGAACCUCGCCACAAGACUUCGCGAAAGAUUUGUGAAGCGAAAUCUUGGACCCAAAAUAGACAUUGCAUAUGGUUUCCCUGAAGAGCUUCUUAAUAGAGGAGAUUCAGUGACAAAAUUGCAUUGGGAUAUUACUGAUUCAGUCAAUGUGCUGACGCACACAGCUAAAGUGGAUAUAACUCCCUGGCAAUACAGAAGGAUAAAAGAAGAACAAAAACGCUAUGCAGAAGCCCAGUUGCGUAAACGACAGGGUGGUCAACACACAGAAGCUAGUGAACGUGAGAAUGGAGAAGCUUUAGAGAAAUGCAAUGGUCCUAUAGGAGAACAGGGUUUAAAGGACAAGUCAGCUAACGAAGAACCAUCAACUGUCAGGUCAAGACUGUCCGGCUCACAAGAAGGAGAUGAAAUAUUUGUUUCGAAAGGUGACUGUACUAACAUUGAACGAGCUGAUCCUGUGGAAGGGUCUUGCCCAACUGUUAUGGAGUCGGAUCAUAAUUCAAAGGCGGAUGCAGGUUUAAUUCCUCAGAAGAAUGUAACACUGAAAACCGAACCAAUUGCUGGUGAGAAUUAUAAUGACAUAUGUUUGAAGACAGAGAUAUUAUCUCCAAUGUACCCAAGUGCGGAUGGUCCCACGGUAGAGAAUGGACUAAUGAUGCCAACACUUCCUUCAACUCCCUUGUGGGAUGAGGAGGAUAGUCCCCUACAACCUGUUGUGAGUACAAGUGCGGAAUCCAUAGAAGAGCAGAAACGAGAUGCUCCAAAAGAAACUAAAGGCAAUGCCAGUGAGAAUUCAAAGGCUGUGCAUGGUGGUGCUGUCUGGGACAUCUUUCGAAGAGAGGAUGUUCCAAAACUUAUUGAGUAUUUGAAAAGGCACAAGCAUGAGUUUCGUCAGCUCUACAACGAACCUGUGAAAUCUAUUUUUCACCCAAUUCAUGACCAGACUAUGUUCUUGAAUGAAAGCCAGAAGAAACAGCUGAAGGAGGAGUUCGAUAUAGAACCAUGGACCUUUGAGCAACACCUUGGUGAAGCUGUUUUUAUCCCUGCUGGUUGUCCUCAUCAAGUGAGGAACAUACAGUCUUGCAUAAAGGUGGCACUAGAUUUUGUUUCUCCUGAAAGCUUAGAGGAAUGCCUUAGGCUAACAGAGGAGUUCCGGAGACUACCAAAAGACCACAGAUCCAACAAAGAUAAAUUAGAGCUUGAGAAGAUAGUGCUGCAUGCUGCAAACUCAGCCAUAAGAGACGCAAACAAGCUACUGCAAAAGUCCAUGACACAGUGUGAUACGUAUGAGGCUUGUCCCCCUCCGAUUAUUCAUAAGUAUGCACGAAGAAAGGCUCAUAUGUCUAAGGAAGCCCAGCAGAAGAGGAGCAAGCACAAGCAUGAGUUCUGUCACCUCUAUAACCAGCCUGUAAAGUCUGUAGAUUACCCAAUUCUUUACCAGACUAUGUUCUUGAGUGAUAGUCAGAAGAAACCGCUGAAGGAGGAAGACGAUAUAAUAGAACCAUUGACGUUUGAGCAACGUCUCGGCGAAGCUGUUUUCAUCCUUGCAGGUUGUACUUACCAAGUUAGAAACAGACAGAUAAAGAAAAUAGUUCUGCAUGCUGCUAGAUCUGCUAUAAGAGAAGCACAAGUAUAAAGCACAAAGCACAAACAUAUUUUAUUUUUUAUUGGUAAUCAGACAGAGAACAUCGUAUAAUUAAUUACGACACGACCAACAAGAAGAAAACAACAAAUUAAGGCAAAUAUAUGUGUUAUCAAAAGACAAUCAUUAGAUGAGGCAACGGUCAGGCUCAGUGCCUAGUAGCAGCGUAGUGCUGGACGAUGGCGAAGGCAUUGCUUGUGGUUUCCUCAACAUUCUUCACUUUCUCUUUAAUCGUAGCCUCAAACUUGCUCAGCCUCCGUCCUUGGAACUUACUCCCGAGAGUCUCCGACAAGAUCCUUAUUCAACGUCCUUAAGCAAAACGUUACUUUGUUUUGUUAAUAUAGUUUUCAAUUUGUGAAAAAAAAAGGAAACUGUUUACCAUCUUCCAUAAAGGUGGCACUAGGUUUUGUUUAUCUGGAAAGCAUAGAAGAAUGCAUUAGGCUCUGACACAAGAGUGCAAGAGAUUUACCAAAGGACCACAGAUCCAACAGAGACAAAUUAGAGGCACUUUGAAUAUAUAGGAGCAAAGGAGUAAAUUACUCAUGUUUACACUUUUUGAGUUUCUAAUUACAUAUUCAGUCACUUUCUGCCUGACCCACAUUUUAAAGUUAUUUUUUGUUCGUUCUACCCUUCAAACUAAACUCGCUUAUAUUAUCUC